UUCUUCUUCUUCUUCUUCUUCGUCUGGGAUUUUCUGCACCCUCACCACCUCCCCCCUCCGCCGGCCUUCGCCCCCCAUCUCUUCCCCCCGCCUUUCCACGCCGGCCCUCCUCCUCCGGCCGCCGGUCCUCCCUUCGACCCGGAGCUCCACAAACGGAUCGACAAGGUCGUCGAGUACUCCGCCAAGAACGGACCUGACUUCGAAGCCAUGAUUCGCGAGAAGCAGCAGGAUAAUCCCGACUACGCUUUCCUCUUCGGCAGCGAAGUCCACGGCUACGCCUCCACUCGGGUCGGGUCGUUCAACCCGAAUCCUCAAUCCCCUCCCCACAUGCUUCGUCCUCCGCUGAAUCCGAUGAUGAAUGGGCCGCCGAACCCGAUGAUGGGUGGCCCGCAGUCGUAUUUCUACGACCAGCAGCGGCAUAAUCAGCAGCCUUUCGGAGUUUAUGGGAGGUCUGAUUAUGACCAGGCGGCGGCGCAACCCUUUAAAGGGCUUUCAGGGCCGCUGCCGCCUGAUGUUGCAAUGGAGCUGAGCAAUGUGCUUAUGACGCUGAAUGGGACCAAAGAGUCGAUUAAAGGAGCCACGUUUUGGUUUAUGCAGAGGUCUAUUUUCGCUUCGGCUCUGGCUGAGGCUCUUAGAGAGAGGGUGUUUGGACUUGAUGAUCCUGAGAGGCAGCUACAUGUGAUAUUUCUUGCCAAUGACAUUUUGUACGAAACCCUAAGAAGAAGAAGAAGAAGAAGAAGAAGAAGGAAGAAAAAGAAACGAAAAGAAAAGAAAAAGAAGAAAAUCGCAGAAGAAGAAGAAGGAAGAAAAAGAAAUGAAAAGAAAAGAAAAAGAAGAAGAUCGCAGAACCUAGAAGAAGAAGAAGGAAGAAAAAAAAGGGUAAAUAGGUCAUUUCAUUUUUUUUUCCGACCCAUUUGCUUGCCACGUCAGCAAACAAAUGUUUGA